CCGAUUCAUGCUCUCUAGAUCAUUGUUGUCGACGGGUGAUUGCUGAUGGCAUCGGUAGAGUAAGAACAUUGCUGAGAGAAAGGCAACGCAAGGCCCUCUCCUGGUGUGGUGGCAGUCGGCCGUCACGUUUCUCGCCUAUGUGCUGAAGCUGAUCUAUCCGUUGAAUCUGAUAAUGCAGACGAGUAGCGUCUACACGAUGCUGGUAAUCACUUUUGAACGAUGGACGGCCGUUUGUCGACCUCUUCAGGUUUCGAAAUUUUUCUUGGACAAGGAUUGA